UGUCUUUUUAAAAGGGAGAGUGAAGAGCAAGUCUUGCUCUCCUCUGGGUGGCGGGCACACAAAUUGGACCUUGUUCCUAAUAGUUUGACUUUAGUUAGGAACAAAGUAAAAUCAAGAAAUCUUUGAGCUUUAUCAAGUGGGACAUCAAGGUGACAUGAGGUGGGGUUUAGUGCUCGUGGGGGUUCUGCUGUCUUUUGGUUCUCUGUGUUGGGGGGAGAAGGGCCUGGAUUUCCCCGAAUAUGAUGGACAAGACCGUGUCCAUCAAAUGACCAACAAGAACUACAAGUCUGUGAUGAAGAAAUAUGAUGUCAUGGUGAUCUACUACCACAAACCUGUUGGCGUGGACCGCAUGUCCAGGAAACAGUUUGAGGUGGAGGAACUUGCUUUGGAGUUGCUAACAAGCCCCGCUGCCCUGACCUACCAGCUCGCAGCUCAGGUGCUGGAUGAUUUUGAGGAUGAGGACAUUGGAUUCGGCCUGGUGGAUUCAAAGAAAGACAUUGCUGUUGCUAAGAAGCUGGGUCUGAAUGAGGUGGACAGCAUCUACAUCUUUGCUGAUGACGAGAUCAUUGAGUAUGAUGGAGAGCUGGCGGCUGACACACUGGUGGAAUUUCUCUAUGACGUGAUUGAGGAACCUGUGGAGAUCAUCAGUAAUGAGAGAGAGCUCAAAGGCUUUCAUAACAUUGAGGAGGAUAUUAAACUGAUGGGCUUCUUCAAGAGCGAGAAAUCUCGAUACUUCAUUGAGUAUGAUGAUGCAGCUGAGGAGUUUCACCCCUUCAUCAAGUUCUUUGCCACAUUUGAGCCAAAAAUUGCUAAGAAAUUAAACAUGAAGCUGAAUGAGGUGGAUUUCUAUGAGCCCUUCAUGAAUGAACCUGUCACCAUCCCCGGCAAACCCUACACUGAAGACGACCUCAUAAACUACAUUGAGGAGCACAACAGACCGACUCUAAGGAAACUGGAGCCCCACAGUAUGUAUGAGAUCUGGGAAGAUGAUAUUAACGGACAGCACAUUGUCGCCUUUGCGGAGGAGUCCGACCCCGACGGUUAUGAGCUCCUGGAGAUUCUGAAAGAAGUGGCUCAAGAAAACACAGAGAACCCAAACCUGAGCAUCAUCUGGAUUGAUCCUGAUGACUUCCCACUGCUGGUGCCAUACUGGGAGAAGACCUUCGGCAUUGACCUCUCGUCUCCUCAGAUUGGCGUAGUGGAUGUGGAGGACGCUGACAGUGUGUGGAUGGAGAUGGAUGACGAGGAGGACAUGCCCACUGUUGAAGAGCUUGACACCUGGAUCAAAGACGUGAUAGCAGGAAAAAUCAGUCCUGAUGAUGAUGAAGAAGACAACGAUGACAAUGACGACGACGAUGACAACGAUGAUGAUGAUCAUAAGGACGACAACAAUGACGACGACGACGAUGAUGACAACGAUGAUGAUGAGGAGGACGACGACAAUGAUGAUGACAACGAUGACAAUAAUGACGACGAUGAUGACGAUGACAACAAUGAUGACGAUGAUGAUGAUGACAACGAUGAUGAGUAAAUUCUUGACUCCAUUUCAGACAUCACUUCAUUGUUAUAUGCACACGUCAAUGACAUUCAUCAGCAUCGGUUUAGCUUAGAACUUGUCCAUCUUUCCAUGUCACCAUCACCAACUGAACUCUCAUGGACUCUAGAAGACACAUCAUUUUGUCAUGUCUGAGGAAAUGUCUCAUUGUUUAACUUCUCUGCAUGGUCAGUGAUCAUGAGUAUGACAACUUAUUCAUCUGGAACAAAUCCUCAUAUCAGGGAUCACUGUACUUGUUCAUGAAAAAGCAUUCUGUUUUUCUGCUCUUAUACUUGGAAUACUUAAGUGAACAACAACAUGUUUUGUUAUUUUUUUUAAUUAUUUGAUACUUUUAUGAGAGCAGAGUAAAUGAUGCUCACUGGAAAGUCUUAGCCUUCCAACAUCUGGAAUGUCAAAAUGAAAAUGUAAAAGAGAAAUACAACAAGAAGAGUCAGAGAAACAAGUUGUCAAUGUGUCGUCUUUUCUGUGAGUUUGGUGUCAGCGUCAGUGAGCCUUGGGCACCGAUGACCCUGUUGUCGGUUAAUCGGUGGACUACUUUUGGUAGAUACUAACCACUGCAUACCGGGAACACCCCACAAGACCUGCCAUUUAGGAGAUGUUCUGACCCAUCACAAUUUGGCCCUUGUCAAAAUCACUCAGAUCCUUACAAUUGCCCAUUUUUCCUGCUUCCAACACAUUAAAUUCAAGAACUUACUGUCCACUUGCUGCCUAAUAUAU